CCCACAACGGAGUUGAAAUUGACUGAGAAACGAAACUUUUCAUUCCCGGAACAAAAAAAAAAACAUCAGCAAAAAAACGUCUACUAUUAUUGGACAUGUCCGAUUGGCGUUGACAUGCCCCUGUCAGCUUUGAUAGGUGGCAGACUGGCGGUAAUUGGUCAAUAACUACAUUGACAUCAACGCAGGGAAAUACAAACUGUGCCCCGGAUGUUUGUUCGUGAUUCCACUCGAACUCGGGUAGAGACGCUGCUCUGCUCAAGGGUACUCCACUGCAUUUCGUCGUCAGGAUGGAAGGCUCAGUCUCCUUCCUCUCACCUCCACCCUCUCCAUCAGUGGCCCCCAUCCCCGUCUCCUCCUCAUUUGCGCUGACACUUUGUCCUGAACUUGACCUGUCUGUCGUAGUCAGUCCUGCCCCCACGCAACCAAAGCGACACACGAACGAACAGACACGAAGAAAGACAAACAAAAAGGUGUGUUUUAAAGAGCCUGUGGUCGUGAAGGUAACACCUGAGCCGCAAAUCACACUGAACAGUGACGCACCUCCUCAACAACCAACCAACUGUCAGAGGAGGUGGAGAGAUAAUCACCAUGGGAACCAGAAGCUAAAUAAUGGCGCCCUGAACCGGAGGGCGGAGCUAACGGCUGCAGUGUCCAAUGACCAUCCGGACACUCUUGAGGAGGUUGAGCUCAACAGCACCUUGGCCGUAAAGGCAGAGCUCUUGGCGUUGCAGGGGGCGGAGUUUAACACCCAGAAAGCCAUUCAGGAGACAUUACAGAAAGUGGAGCAAACGAAAAAACAGAUCAACUACAGAGCGAUACAAGGAAUCAACGUCUCUCGGUCUCAGACCCUUUUCACCUCAUUGGUCAGCGUGGAUGUGCCUGAGAGUCAGCUGAUAAGCCAAGCCGUUAAGGACCGGCUGCUUCUGGCCCCACCGCCACGAAGCGUUGACAACAAAGCAGCAGAAAGCCCCUCCCCACUUAUCUUUUUGACCUCUGACUUGUUUAGACAGAAGCCCCUCCCCGUGGAAGAGGAGCCAGUCAAUGGCAACCCUAUCCCAGCACCUCGCCCCGCCUCCUCGACGUUUGACCUUUACAGACGACGGCGUCGUUGGGAAGCCACCCCGUAACACACCGUUUAUUCACAGUGUGAUGUCAAAAGUCGAGAUGCUUUCACUUGUUUCAUCUAUCCAUUUGCUAUCGAGCUUGUCCUCGUUAGCGUCACGGGCAAGCUGAAGCCUCUCAACUGACUUUGGGCAAGAAGUACACCCUGGAC